UUCACAAGCAUGUAAAUUUUUGCUUGUGUAUUCAUCGGCCUUCAUUGAAGAAAUAAACAAUUGCUUAAAACUUGUUGGAGAGCUACACAAAAGGCUGCAUUUUAAAAGUAAAACAAAAUGUCCAACUACUAUAGCUUCUACACACGCGACAACUACGAUGACGAAUCCAUUGGAGACGAGCGCAGUGAAGAAGAUACAGACGACGCGAGCGAAACAGAAUUCCGGAGUCCCAAUCACUACGGUGGCACCAACGGUACAUCAAACUACAGCACAAACAACAAAAUUGGCAGCAACAGCGAGUUAAAAGAGCAAAUGUACCAGCACAAACUUCUCAAUCUGCAAAAGCAAAUGGUGGAACUAAAUCAGCUCAUCCAUCCAGAGUACAUAAAACGCGUUAAGAAGCUGGACAACCAACUGAAGGAGCGUCGUAGGCUGAAUGAGAUAUACAAGGAUUACAUGCGCGAGUGCGUAGAACGAGACUACAUUUUGGAGAAGAAGGCUGCCCAGAAAGAGUACGACGAGAAGAUGAUGGAUCUUAAGGACAAUCUGAUAUCAGAUUUUGAGGACCGAAAGCGAUUGAUUGAAAACGAACGGUAUAGUUUGGAGCUAACCAACGAUUCCAUGGAGAUAAAAACGACGGUGACGCGAAAGUUACGCCGACGUCCGAACGAACCAAUGCCGGUGAUAGAAAAGCGUCGAAAACCAGCCACCGGUCAGCUCCUAGUCUAUCAGCUAGACGACAAGGAAAUUGAAUCUGAUCUCAAGGUUAUACAACGCGGCAAGCCUUUGGGACCAAACAUCAUGCAUCAAAACGGCCUUGUUUCCUACACAAACGCCCAACAGCAGCAGUCGCACAUGCUACUGAACGACCUGACGGCUAACAGCUACGUGGAAACACGCAUCGAGGACAACAAGUUGCUUUACGAGAGGCGAUGGUUCUGCCGUGGCCAGCAGGUCUAUGUAGAAGGCAAGGACCUGAGUAAAUUUGCAGCUACCAUCACGGCCAUCGGUAAUGAAGUGGUUUGGGUGAAGCGUACGAACGAGAGCAAGGUCAAGAUCAACAUGUCGCAUUUGGCCAAAGGAAAAAUAUCGAUAAAGCGUCGAUAGCCAUAAGAGUGCCAGUUUUGGUUCGAUCCCACAGCAUUAGCCCUCCAGAAAAUCAGUCCCUUCAAGUUCACAUUCUAGAAAGAUUUUAUUUGUACAUAUUCAUGCAUAUGUGCAUACAAAUGUAUGUACAUCUCUCUGCGUCCGUUUUUCUGUUUCCAUGCAAUUUACUUACUACGCCUGGGUUACUUUUUAUCUGCAUAAACAAGAUAAUAUCGAAAUAGUUUUUUCCAAUAGUGGGAUGAUCGUGAAAAUGUUCGGAACGGCCGGUUUUAAUCAACAUUUAAUCAUAAUUCCUACUCGACGCAAUACUAUUGUUUUCGCGUAGCAAAACCUAUUCAAAUUAAUUUUAAAAUGUGUGCUCAGCAUGUACAUAUCUAAUAGUGGAAAAUUAUGUUAGCACUCAUUUUCUGUUUAAAGUGGAUCAAUUAACUAGUCGAACUGACUUAGCAUUAGCUUUCACGAAUUUCGAUAUAUGGGAACUGGGCCGUAGGUUAAGUGAAAAAUUGAUUUUAACAAGCUAAAAAUAAUAAAACAUUAUGUAUGAAUUA